AUGACUAAAUUUUAUUUUAACAUUUUUGUUCUCCUAAUCUUCUUUACCGCUGUUUCGACAGCUCUAACAACUCGUAAUGAUUUAUCAGUUCAUAAAAUUGAAAAACGUACCACGUGUGCAUAUAAUUCUAAGAGAAAUGUUUUGAUUGAAAGAAACGAAGACAAACAGUGUUCUUGCAGCCUCGCCGAAUCGAUUUUCUCAAAUAAACUUAAAGGUUUCUUUUUCUUUGCACAAGACGAAUGUGGUAGUACUACAAUUGCAGGUCUAUUCAGCAGUGGGUUUGAAGUGUUCAACUCAACCGAAAAUAUCACUUUUGAAAUCGUUGAUAGUUGCAAUCGUACCCUUUAUGAUAUUACUUAUGGGUUGAACGUACAAUUUAAUGAUGAUGGCAGCACAGAUCCUUUCAGAUAUACCUUCGAUGAAAUCAACCUUGACUGUGAUGAUGAUGGAAUCUUGUUCCCACAAGUUGGUAAAUCACAUUAUAACAAACGCACUUGCGAUGGACUUAGACGUCGUGACGGUAAAAAUCAAGUGGCUUGUAAGGAAAGUGGGGACAUAUUUGAAGCUUCGGAUAUAAACGACUUUCAAACCUAA